AAAGACAAAGGAUGGAAAAUGGGAGAGGAAAAAAUGAGAAAAUAGGAAUAUCAGACUGAAAUCUAAAACCUGUCUAAUCAGAAUUCCACAGAGACAUCUGUGGACAUAGAAGGGAUGAAAUUAUCAGAGAUACAAAAACAUUUCCCAGAACUGAGAAACACACAUUUCUAGGUUGAAAGGCCCUACUGAGCGCCAGCAAUUGAAAAAAGACCUAUGCUAGAGACAUUACUGCAGUUUCCAUAUGCCAGGAGUAAAGAAGCUCUGAGAGGAGGGGAGAAAACACAGAACAGGUCACCUAUAAGGGUUGACAGUGGCUCUUCUAGUGUGCUGCCAGCAGCAUCAGCAUCACCUGGGAACUUGGUAGAAAUGCAGAUUCUCAGGUCCCACCUAGACCUGCUGGAGGAGAAGCCAUGCCCCCACCCCCACCCCCCAGUUCUGAUGCCUGCCAAAGUUUGAGAAACCCAGGGAUAGAGAAUCAGAAUGGCCUCCAGCUCCUCUGAGUACUUGCAUGAGCGCUGUGGAUAUAGAGUAAAACAAUGUCUUCAAAAUCCCAAGGGAGAAUGACUUCUAAAUUCUGUGUACACCUAAACUAUCAAUCCUGUUAAGUCAUCUCCAAACAUGGGGGCUGAGGAAAGCACCUCUGUGCAUGGUUUCUUGUAAAGCUGGUGGAGGAUAUGUCCCAGGAAAAUGAACAAGUAAACUGAGGAUGAAGACUGGGCAGCCAGGCAGUGAGCUUCCCCCGCAGAGGAAGGACGUGAAAUCCCUCCAGAGCCAGGCUUCAUUUUCUAAUAAUGGUUCUGUGAAGACUUUGUGGCAAAUCUGAUCUUCUGCAGAGUUCAUCAUCCAAAUCCAGAAUCACAGCCUCUUAGACAUGGAUGAAAUCGGUCCAUUCAAUGUCCUCUUGAUUAACAGAGCUGGAAACAGGAUUGUUGAAGUAUUACCUGAACAUCUGAAACAGUUUCAAUCCCUCGAAACUUUGGACCUGAGCAGCAAUAAUAUUUCAGAGCUUAAAAUUCCCCUUCCACCCCUACAACUCAAAUAUCUGUAUAUCAACAGCAACCGGGUCACUUCGAUGGAACCUGGGUAUUUUGACAGCUUGGCCAACACGCUCCUGGUGUUGAAGCUGAACAGGAACCGAAUCCCGGCUAUCCCCCCCAAGAUGUUUAAACUGUCCCAACUACAACACCUUGAACUGAACCGAAACAAGAUUAGAAAUGUAGAUGGGCUCACAUUCCAAGGGCUUGGUGCUCUGAAGUCUCUGAAAAUGCAAAGAAAUGGAGUAACAAAACUUAUGGAUGGAGCUUUUUGGGGGCUGAGCAACAUGGAAAUCUUGCAGCUGGACCAUAACAACCUAACAGAGAUUACCAAAGGCUGGCUUUACGGCUUGCUGAUGCUGCAGGAACUUCAUCUCAGCCAAAAUGCCAUCAACAGGAUCAGCCCUGAUGCCUGGGAGUUCUGCCAGAAACUCAGUGAGCUGGACCUAACUUUCAAUCACUUAUCGAGGUUGGAUGAUUCAAGCUUCCUGGGCCUAAGCUUACUAAAUACACUGCACAUUGGGAAUAACAAAGUCAGCUACAUUGCUGAUUGUGCCUUCCGGGGGCUUUCCAGUUUAAAGACUUUGGAUCUGAAGAACAAUGAAAUUUCCUGGACUAUUGAAGACAUGAACGGUGCUUUCUCUGGGCUUGACAAACUGAGGCGGCUAAUACUCCAGGGGAACCGGAUUCGAUCUAUUACCAAAAAAGCCUUUACUGGUUUGGACGCAUUAGAACAUCUAGAUUUGAGUGACAACGCAAUCAUGUCGUUACAAGGCAAUGCAUUUUCACAGAUGAAGAAACUUCAGCAAUUGCAUUUAAAUACAUCAAGCCUUUUGUGCGAUUGCCAGCUAAAAUGGCUCCCACAGUGGGUGGCAGAAAACAACUUUCAGAGCUUUGUAAAUGCCAGUUGUGCCCAUCCUCAGCUGCUAAAAGGAAGAAGUAUUUUCGCUGUUAGCCCAGAUGGCUUUGUGUGUGAUGAUUUUCCUAAACCCCAGAUCACGGUUCAGCCAGAAACACAGUCGGCAAUAAAAGGUUCCAAUUUGAGUUUUAUCUGCUCGGCUGCCAGCAGCAGUGAUUCCCCGAUGACUUUUGCUUGGAAAAAAGACAAUGAACUACUGCAUGAUGCUGAAAUGGAAAAUUACGCACACCUGCGGGCCCAAGGCGGCGAGGUGAUGGAGUACACCACCAUUCUCCGGCUGCGCAGCGUGGAAUUCACCAGCGAGGGGAGAUAUCAGUGUGUCAUCUCCAAUCACUUUGGCUCAUCCUACUCUGUCAAAGCCAAGCUCACAGUAAAUAUGCUUCCUUCCUUCACCAAGACCCCCAUGGACCUUACCAUCCGAGCCGGGGCAAUGGCACGUCUGGAGUGUGCCGCCCUGGGGCAUCCAGCCCCACAGAUAGCCUGGCAGAAGGACGGGGGCACAGACUUCCCUGCUGCGAGGGAGAGACGCAUGCAUGUUAUGCCUGAGGACGAUGUGUUCUUUAUUGUGGAUGUGAAGAUAGAGGACAUCGGGGUUUAUAGCUGCACAGCUCAGAACAGUGCAGGAAGCAUUUCUGCAAAUGCAACUCUGACUGUCCUAGAGACACCAUCCUUUCUGCGGCCCCUGUUGGACCGAACUGUAACCAAGGGAGAAACGGCCGUCCUGCAGUGCAUUGCUGGAGGUAGCCCUCCUCCCAGAUUGAACUGGACCAAGGAUGACAGCCCUUUGGUGGUCACCGAAAGGCACUUUUUUGCAGCAGGCAAUCAGCUGCUGAUCAUUGUGGACUCUGAUGUCAGCGAUGCUGGGAAGUACACGUGUGAAAUGUCUAAUACCCUUGGCACUGAGAGAGGCAACGUGCGCCUCAGUGUGAUCCCCACUCCCACCUGCGACUCCCCUCAGAUGACCGCUUCGUCGUUAGACGACGACGGAUGGGCCACCGUGGGCGUCGUGAUCAUAGCAGUGGUUUGCUGUGUGGUGGGCACGUCGCUCGUGUGGGUGGUCAUCAUAUACCACACAAGGCGGAGGAACGAAGAUUGCAGCAUUACCAACACAGAUGAGACCAACUUGCCAGCAGAUAUCCCUAGUUAUUUGUCAUCUCAGGGAACCUUAGCCGACAGGCAGGAUGGGUACAUCUCCUCAGAAAGUGGAAGCCACCACCAGUUCGUCACUUCUUCAGGAGGCGGAUUUUUCUUACCGCAACACGACAGUAACGGAACGUGCAAUAUCGACAAUAGCAGUGAAGCCGAUGUGGAAGUUUCCACGGAUCCAUUCCUUUGUCCCUUUUUGGGACCCUCAGGCCCUGUGUAUUUGAAGGGGAAUGUAUGUGGCUCCGAUCCUUUUGAAGCCUAUCAUACAGGCUGUGGCCCAGACCUGAGAACAGCUUUAAUGGACCACUGUGAGCCCAGUCACAUAAAGAAAAAGGAGUGCUACCCAUGUCCUUAUCCUUCAGAAGAAUCCUGUGAACAGAAUGGCAGUGAUGUAGGAUGGCCUUCACAUGUGAGGAAAUUAAUCAACUCCACUUACUCUCAGAAUGAAGGACCCGGAAUGAAAAGUUUGUGUCUAAACAAGUCCUCUUUAGAUUUCAGUCUAAGUCCAGAGCCAGCAUCAGUUGCUUCAAGUAAUUCUUUCAUGGGAACGUUUGGAAAGCCUCUGAAGAGAGCUCACCUGGAUGCUUUUUCAAGCUUUGGACAGCCAUCAGAUUGUCAGCCAAGAGCGUUUCACCUAAAAGCUCGUUCUUCUCCAGACUUGGACUCUGAGUCAGAGGAAUAUGGGAAAGAAAGGACAGAUUUUCAGCAAGAAAAUCACACGUGUACCUAUCAACAGACCUUAGAAAACCAUAGGACUCCAAAUUUUCAGUCUUAUGACUUGGACACCUAGACUGAGUAGGAGCAAAGAAGAGCUCUAACAUACUACCUCAAGCAGACUUUUAUUUAACAGAGAGAGAAUCCUAUGUUUUUAAAUGGAGUUAUGAAUUUUAAAAGGAUAAAAUGUCUUAUUUAUACAGAUGGACCAAAAUUACAAAAAGUUAUAAAAAAUUUUAUACUGGGAGUAACUUUCAUAUAAGGAUACCUUUUUAAACUAUUUUAACUUUGUUUUAUGUGAAAAAAAAUCUUAAUGUAAAUUAAUGGUAUGAAUCCAUGACUAUUUUAUGUAUUUUUAUAAUGCCAGAUUUCUUUUUAUUGAAAAUGAGUACUAAAACAUUUUAAUUAAUACCUGUCUUGUACCUUUUUUGAAUAGAGGUCACUUCAUUUUAUUUUGCACAUUGCAUUUAAUAAAAUGUGUCAUUUUGAUCCCAAGCCCCAUCUAUACAAUUACAGUUUUUGUUGUUCUCAACACAUUUUAGGCUUAAUAAUUUCAUAUUAUCAUGUCCAAAUUGAAGGAAAUUCUACUUAGCACAUUAAAAUAUGAGCCAAAACUGACCAUUCUGCCUAUCACACAGAGUUGAGGUAAUGCAAACUCAAAUCAGAUUAGUGUAUAUAAAAGCACAUUGUAAACGAAAAAGAGUACAAAGAUUUGAGGUAUAUUAAUUUAUUUCUAACUUUACAAACAAAGAUUACAAACAACGAAAAAGAGCUACAAAGAUUUGAGGUGUAUUAAUUUAUUUCUAACUUUACAAACAAAGAUUUGUUGGUAUAGUCUGGUAUAAUAUAGUGCAACCACCAUUGCUUAAAUCACUGCCCAAGCCAUGUUUCUUUAAUUAUAAUAAUGCCCUAUGUGGCCUGAUGCCUUGUGCUUUUCCAAAUAGUUUCACAUUUACCAUCCCUUUAAUUAUAACAAGAGCAUGGUUUACUGCACAUUUCUGUAGUUAAAGUGGCUAUAACAGAGGUGAUUUUCAUUUACUGUUCCAGGUUAUAGUGGGAUGCUGAUAGAAAUCUUGGCUAUUUUUUACUGAUUUUGUGUUGGAUGAGCAGUUCUUAUAAAAAAGGUACUUUUAAGCUAUUCUAAAGAAUUAAAAUAUUUUCCUAAUUUGGUUAUCCUGCUUUUGGUAAAAACUGAGUAUCAAAUCUGUUACUUAAACUAUUUAAAAUAUUUGUUUUAAAUAGUAUUUAAGUGAAAAUGUCAUUACAUGGUGCAUAUAUACACACAAAACAUGAAUAUAGUCAUCUUUAAAAUUAAGUGACAUUAUUUCAAUUACUUGAAAUAAACUUAAGUCUACUAA